UUGGUCGUGAGCACCAUUAUCAUAUCACGUCCUCGGCGCAAAAUACAGAAGCUUCGCGAUUGCAAUCGUCAACAAACCCAAUCUCUCCGCUGCGGUUGGGGGGCAGUUCGUGAAAUCGUGAUUCGUGAGUCAAAUCUGGUUGCGUUGACAGCCGCCGAGAUCUCCCAAGUCUCCAGGCAAGCAAAAAUCGGUCGUUGAUAAUCAUCUCCGGCCGGGCGAGUUUCGCCGGCUCUGCAAACCCCCGCCGCCGCCGCCACGAUGUGCACGCUGGAGCAGCGCGGCCGCGUGUUCGUGCUUACGCUCACGGGAGACGGCGAGCACCGCCUCGGCCACUCCCUCAUCGGCUCCAUCCGCUCCGCCGUCGUGUCCGUCGCGGCGGCGGCGGCGGCUGAGCCGGGCGCGGCGCUCGUGACCGUGGCCGACGGCCGCUUCUUCUCCAACGGCCUCGACAUCGGGCCGGGCGGGCUGCCCCCCGCGCGGGUCGGGGAGCUCGUCGUUGCCCUCCGCCCCCUCGCCGCCGACCUCCUCGCGCUCCCCAUGCCCACCGUCGCCGCCGUCACGGGCCACGCCUCCGCCGCGGGAUUCCUCCUCGCGCUCUGCCACGACUACCGCCUCAUGCGCGCCGACCGCGGCGUGCUCUACAUGAGCGAGGUCGAUAUCGGCCUCCCACUCCCGCCCUACUUCGUCGCCGUCCUCCGCGCCAAGAUCACCGCCGCUCACGCGCUCCGGGACGUCACCCUCCGCGGCAGGAAGCUCAAGGCCGCGGAGGCCAAGGAGAUGGGCAUCGUCGACGUUGUUUGCCCCACCGCGGCUGAAACGGCGGCUGAGGCCAUCAAGCUCGCCGAGCAGUUGGCGGCGAGGAAGUGGAACGGGAGCGUCUACUCGUCCAUUAGAAUCUCCAUGUUCCCUGACGCUUGCAGGUCCGUCGGAAUUGGGGAGGAGAGCGAUGAGGAGAAGAGGAAGCACUUCGCUUCUAGGCUCUGAAGAUCUGAAAGGGGUUAUGUGGAAAUGGGCCAUUGAACACUUCUCACAUCCUAUGUGUACAUUGGCUAACCAAGUAGCCAUGGAUGCUAUGCAUGAAGGACUCAAUAAUACCAGUAUAUAAUUUCUGGAAAGCAUUGUAUUUGCUGCUGUAUCUGCAACUGAGAAAUAUAUUCUAGUUCCUCACACCAACACUUACUUGAAAAUUGUUCACUGUGAAAUUACCAUAUGUUCUGUUCUUCCUGGAAUUUUGGGGGUUAGAGAAGGUUUAAUUAACGUCAUUGUCCAGAUGACGAUCGAUGGCACCUGGCCAACUGCCACAUUCCAGCAUAUCAGAAAAUCUGUGGAGGUACCGUGCAAGGCAAUGGUGCCUUGGGCGGCUUCUGCCGUUGCGGAUGGCCGGCAUUCUUGAGGCUGUUUUGUGAUGGGGACAGAAAAGAGUCAACUGAACUAGUGAGCUCUUCGCAGGCUGGAUGGGGACCCUGACCUGAACCAACCAUUAUGUUUUUCUUUCCAUUACACACGAGAAUGCGUAUCUCUCGUUCUUCAUGUAUAAUUUC